AUGUCUACCAAAACCACCAUCAGGAGUCAAAACAGUCACCGAGGCUUCAGUGCCGGCUCAGCCAGAGUCCCUGGGUUCAACCGCUCUGGUUUCAGCAGUGUGUCUGUGUGCCGCUCCCGAGGCAGUGGUGGCUCCGGGGCCAUGUGUGGAGGAGCUGGCUUUGGCAGCAGGAGUCUCUAUGGUGUGGGGAGCUCCAAGAGGAUCUCCAUCGGAGGAGGCAGCUGUGGCAUUGGGGGAGGCUAUGGUAGCCAAGUUGGAGGAGGAGUCGGCUCUGCCAUUAUCUUCGGUGGUAAAGCUGGGUUUGGUGGUGGCUGUGGGAGCUCUGGAUUGCCUGUGUGGCCCCCUGAAGACAUUCAAGAGGUCACCAUCAACCAGAGCCUCCUCACCCCUCUGAACCUGCAAAUCGACCCCACCAUCCAGAGGGUGAGGACUGAGGAGCGUGAGCAGAUCAAGACCCUCAACAACAAGUUUGCCUCCUUCAUCGACAAGGUGAAGUUCCUAGAGCAACAGAACAAGGUCCUGGAUACCAAGUGGACCCUGCUGCAGGAGCAGGGCACCAAGACUGUGAGGCACAACAUUGAGGAGUUGUUUGAGCAGUACAUCAGCACCCUCAGGAGGGAACAGGAAAGCAUCAAUGGGGACAGGGGCCGCCUGGACUCAGAGCUGAGGAGCAUGCAGGAUACAGCGGAGGACUACAAGAACAAAUACGAAGAUGAAAUCAACAAGCGCACAGCAGCAGAGAAUGAAUUCGUGACCCUGAAGAAGGAAGUAGAAGCUGUCUCCAUGAAUAAGACUGAACUGCAAGCCAAGACAGACAGUCUGACAGAUGAGAUCAACUUCCGGAGAGAUCUCUAUGAUGCAGAACUGUCUCAGAUGCAAACUCGCAUCUCAGACACCUCUGUGGUCCUCUCCAUGGACAACAACCGUAGCCUGGACCUGGACAGCAUCAUUGCUGAGGUCAAGGCCCAAUACGAGGAGAUUGCUCAGAGGAGCCAGGCAGAGGCUGAGUCUUGGUACCAGACAAAAUAUGAGGAGCUGAAGGUCACAGGGCGCAGACACGGGGAUGACCUGCGCAACACCAAGCAGGAGAUCACCGAAUUGGACCGCAAGAUCCAGAGGCUGAGAACUGAGAUCAACAACGCCAAGGAGCAGUGUGCCAAACUGCAGGCUACAAUUCUUGAGGCUGAAUUGCGCAGGGAGAUGGCCCUCAAGGAUGCCAGGGGCAAGCUGCAGGGGCUAGAGGAUGCCACACAGAAGGCCAAACAGGACAAGGUCAGGAUGGUGAAGGGGUACCAGGAGCUCAUGAAUGUCAAAAUGUCCCUUGAUAUGGAGAUCGGCACCUACAGGAAGCUGCUGGAAGGAGAGGAGUUCAGGCUGAAUGGUGAAGGCGUUGGCCCAGUCAACAUCUCUGUGGUGCAGUCCACCAUGUCCAGCGGCUAUGGCAGCGCAGGUGGUGCCAGCAGCAGCCUGGGCCUGGGAGGAGGCAGCAGCUACUCCUACAGCAGCAGCCUGGGCCUGGGAGGUGGCUUCAGUUCUGGCAGUGGCAGAGGCAUCAGCGGUGGCCUCAGCUCCUCUGGUGGCAGCUCCUCCACCAUCAAGUACACCAGCACCUCCUCCAGCAGGAAGAGCUACAGGCACUGAAGUCCCUGCCACCAGAACUGGUCCCUGACCCCAGACCCCCUGGCUGCAGAGCCCUGUGCUCAGGGGCUGGCCCUGCACUGGCCUUCCCCUGUCCUCUCUAGUUGGGGCUGAGAAGAUCACGUGCCUUCAUUAUUUCUCGGUUUAUCCUUCUCUCCAGUGUCCAACUUCAGAACAUCAGCAGCCAUUGUCACACCAUUGGCUCCCAUCUAUAUCAGUCUGACUUAAUCUGAGAAUGGUUCAUUACAUGCCCUGGAGGAAUGGAAACUGGCCUCUGAAAUGGGGAGUCCUCCCUGAGAAGCCUAGCUAUCCUGCUCUUCCAGGCUGUCUUCAACAGGUCCCCGUCUGACAGGCAACUAUCUUGCCCUUCCCUUUCGGUGACCCUGGAUGCUCUGAGACACACCCUGACAGACAGAGCCUGUCUCUAUAGUCUUCUCUCAUCUUUUUUGUUUCAAAGUGUUCUGCUACAUCAAACAGAAAUACAAUGUUAACUUUCUUGCUCUGCAUUGGUUCAUGUGGGAUCUUCUACAUCCCGCAUAUUUUUCAUUGUCUUUGGGCUUUGGGUAACCAGUCUCCUCCCUUUGCUGGCCCCAUGCUCUCUUCCUAAACUUAUCAGACAACUUCAUUUGAUGCCGUAGGAAUUCUCUAGGAACAUGGACAGCAUUAACUUAGCCCUCUGCACUUUGUGUUUUUCUUUAGUGUACAUCAGGACAGAAAGGAAAACUGUAUACUAAAAACUAGUUCAGUGCAGUUUAUUUUCUUCUUUUUAACUCCACCUUUAGGUGGUUUGGUCUCUGCAGUGUCUGGGGCUCCCUUGGAGUCUCCCCACCUCAGGGCACUGGUCCUCCAGGGCAGAGGCAGUUGGGA